UUGCGUCCUCAGAUCAGAUGCACACAGACACCAGGACUGACGAGGAAGAAAUGAGCAGCUUCUUCUCUCCCAGUGUUUCCUCCACACCUGAAGGUGGAAAGUGUCUGUAAGUGACCUGAGGUGUGAGCUCUGCUAUGAAUCAGAGUGAGGACAGAGAGGAGGGAGUCCCUCCCUCUAAAAGCUCUCUGUGUGGGGAACAUGACAGCCAGACCAAAGCUCAGAGAAGCCCACAACACACUCUGAGACCAGACUCUGCUGGACCUGGACCUGGACCUGAACCUGGACCUGAAUCCAGCUGUGUGUCCAUGAAGAGUGACCAGUCCAAGGAGCAUCCACUUGCUUUCAAAAUGAAAGCUUCUUCUAAAACACACUUGGUCGCUGGCAUUAAGCUUCCAAAGAUAAAGCCUGGAUCUGAAUCUAGACCUGAACCCAGCGGUGUGUCCAUAAAGAGUGACCGGUCCAUGGUGCACCCACUGGUUUUCAAAAGACAUUUGAAACAUUCUACUGAAGCACAGACACCUGGAUCUGAAUCUGGACCUGAACCCAGCUUUGUGUCCAUCAAGAGUGACCAGUCAAAGGCGCUUCCACUUGUUUUCAAAAGACACCUUUUAUCUUCAGCACACCCAGAACAGCACGGACCGGACUCUCUUGGAACCAGGAGUCGAUCCAUGUCGCUUCCUCAGGAAUUCAUACCUGGGCUCCACUCUGUCAAUCAAAAAGUUCAUCAGGAUAACUUUGACGUCUCCAAUGGUCAAACCACACAGCAUCCUCACAGAGACUUAGUCUCUAUAUUUAUGCUGCUUGAGGAAAAUAUUGUCCAUUUUAUGAAGAACGAGCUGAAGAACAUCCAAAAGGUUCUAAGUGCAGAUGACCCAGAAUGCUUAGAGAGUCAGAGGGAGGAUGAGGAGGUGUUGGACGGUGAGGAUGAAGAGCAGAGGAGGAGCAGCAGAGAGUCAUUUCUGAAGAUCACACUGCACUUCCUGAGGAGAAUGAAGCAGGAGGAGCUGGCUGACUGUCUGCAGAGCAGGACUGUUGCUCCAGUGUGCCGACACAAGCUCAAAUCCAACCUGCAGAAGAAGUUCCAGUGUGUGUUUGAGGGGAUUGCUAAAACAGGAAACCCAACCCUUCUGAACCAGAUCUACACAGAGCUCUACAUCACAGAGGGAGGGACUGCAGAGGUCAAUGAUGAACAUGAGGUCAGACAGAUUGAAACAGCAUCCAGGAAACCAGACAGACCAGAAACAACAAUCAGACAAGAAGACAUCUUUAAAGCCUCACCUGGAAGAGAUGAACCAAUCAGAACAGUGAUGACAAAGGGAGUGGCUGGCAUUGGGAAAACAGUCUUAACACAGAAGUUCACUCUGGACUGGGCUGAAGACAAAGCCAACCAGGACAUACAGUUCAUGUUUCCAUUCACUUUCAGAGAGCUGAAUGUGCUGAAAGAGAAACAGUUCAGCUUGGUGGAACUUGUUCAUCACUUCUUCACUGAAACCAAAGAAGCAGGAAUCUGCAGGUUUCAAGACUUCCAGGUUGUGUUCAUCUUUGACGGUCUGGAUGAGUGUCGACUUCCUCUGGACUUCCACAACACUGAGAUCCUGACUGAUGUUACAGAGUCCACCUCAGUGGAUGUGCUGCUGACAAACCUCAUCAGGGGGAAACUGCUUCCCUCUGCCCGCCUCUGGAUAACCACAAGACCUGCAGCAGCCAAUCAGAUCCCUCCUGACUGUGUUGACAUGGUGACAGAGGUCAGAGGGUUCACUGACCCACAGAAGGACGAGUACUUCAAGAAGAGAUUCAGAAGGAAGGAGCAGGCCAGAAGAAUCAUCUCCCACAUCAAGACAUCACGAAGCCUCCACAUCAUGUGCCACAUCCCAGUCUUCUGCUGGAUCUCUGCUACAGUUCUGGAGGAUCUGUUGACGACCAGAGAGGGAGGAGAGAUGCCCAAGACCCUGACUGAGAUGUACAUCCACUUCCUGGUGGUUCAGUGCAAAGUGAAGAACAUCAAGUAUGAUGGAGGAGCUGGGUCAGAUCCACACUGGAGUCCAGAGAGCAGGAAGAUGAUUGAGUCUCUGGGAAAACUGGCUUUUGAGCAGCUGCAGAAAGGAAACCUGAUCUUCUAUGAAUCAGACCUGACAGAGUGUGGCAUCGAUAUCAGAGCAGCCUCAGUGUACUCAGGAGUGUUCACACAGAUCUUUAAAGAGGAGAGAGGACUGUACCAGGACCAGGUGUUCUGCUUCGUCCAUCUGAGUGUUCAGGAGUUUCUGGCUGCUCUUCAUGUCCAUCUGACCUUCAUCAACUCUGGAGUCAAUCUGCUGGAAGAAGAACAAUCAGCCUCCCGGUGGUCUAUUGUCCUCAGAACCAAAACUAAAUUAACACACUUCUACCAGAGUGCUGUGGACAAGGCCUUACAGAGUCCAAAUGGACACCUGGACUUGUUCCUCCGCUUCCUCCUGGGUCUUUCACUGCAGACCAAUCAGAGUCUCCUACGAGGUCUGCUGAACCAGACCAGGAGGAACUCAAAGACCAACCAGAAGAUAGUCAAGUACAUCAAGGACAUCAUCAGGAAGAAUUCCUCAGAGAGAAUCAUCAACCUGUUCCACUGUCUGAAUGAACUGAAUGAUCGUUCUCUAGUGGAGCAGAUCCAACAGUCCCUGAGUUCAGGAAGUCUCUCCACAGAGGAACUCUCUCCUGCUCAGUGGUCAGCUCUGGUCUUCAUCUUACUGACAUCAGAAGAAGAUCUGGACGUGUUUGACCUGAAGAAAUUCUCUGCUUCAGAGGAGGCUCUUCUGAGGCUGCUGCCAGUGAUCAAAGCCUCCAACAAAGCUCUGUUGAGUGACUGUAACCUCUCAGAGAGAAGCUGUGAAGCUCUGUCCUCAGUCCUCAGCUCCCAGUCCUCUAGUCUGAAAGAUCUGGACCUCAGCAACAAUGACCUGCAGGAUUCAGGAGUGAAGAAGCUCUGUGCUGGACUGGAGAGUCCACACUGUACACUGGAAAGUCUCAGGCUGUCAGGCUGUCUGAUCACAGAGGAAGGCUGCUCUUCUCUGGCCUCAGCUCUGAGCUCCAACCCCUCCCAUCUGAGAGAGCUGGACCUGAGCUACAAUCAUCCAGGAGACUCAGGAGUGAAGCUGCUGUCUGCUGGACUGGAGGAUCCACACUGGAGACUGGACACUCUCAGGAUGGAACAUUGUGGAGAGCAGAGGCUAAAACCUGGAGUGAAGAAAUUUGCUUGUGAAGUUGCAUUGGACCCGGACACGGCAUACAGAAAACUCAAACUGUCUGACGACAACAAGAAUGUGACAACAGUGACAGAGUAUCAGUCGUAUCCUGAUCAUCCAGAGAGAUUCGACUGCUUCUGUCAGCUGCUGUGUAGAGAUGGUCUGACCGGUCGCUGUUACUGGGAGGUGGAGUGGAGAGGAGCAGUUCACAUAGCUGUGACUUACAGAGGAAUCAGAAGGAAAGGAAACAAUGCCGACUGCAGGUUUGGGAUGAAUAAUCACUCCUGGAAUCUGAGCUGCUCUGGUGGUGGUUACUCUGUCUGGCACAAUGACAGAGUAACAGUCCUCCCACUCCGCUCCUCCUCAGUCUCUGACAGAGUAGCAGUGUAUGUGGACUGUCCUGCUGGCUCUCUGUCCUUCUUCAGAGUCUCCUCUGGCACCCUGACCCACCUCCACACCUUCAACACCACAUUCACUGAACCUCUUUAUCCUGGGUUUGGUAUUGGGAUUGGGUUUGGCAUUCAGUCCUUUGGUUCAGUGUCUCUGUGUGAGCUGUAGGAGUGAAAAAAGUAAGGAUGCACAACAUCUGAUUCUGUCGAUACUGAAGGAAUGUGUUGAAGGAAUGCGAUUUGCUUCUUCCUUGCAUGAUCGACGCUGAACAAUUAUUGCAAAUAGUAACUUUACUAUCCACUUUGGACACUUCAGACAUACUCACAUCAUCAUCUUAGUGUAAUCUUAUUGGCCUGGCAGAAAUGUUUGUUUUAGGCUGUUCCUGUUGUGGAGAAGUUGCUGAAGUCAAAGGUCAAAGGU